GAAAGUUGCUGCUCGUCCAUCCCGGCGCUGCGGACAGAGAGCCGCGGGACCCCGGGCACGCCGCCGCCCCCCGCCCGCCCCGCGCUGCCGCCGCAGCGGGAGGGUCCCUUCCUCGGAAGGAGCCGCUGCGAGGCGAGGGCGGGCGGCCCCGCACCGGCGCGGUGAGUAGACCCGGGGCAGCCCGCCUCCCUCGCGGGGGGAACUGAGGCAGGCGGCGGCGGACGGAGAUGCCCCCGCGGGCGGGCGCCCUCCCAACCACGGACCGGCGCCGGCUGCCAGGGGUCCCGCCGGCCCCUCGGGGAGCGUUGCGCCGGCGGCAGCGACAGGAGGAGCGCCCCUGAUGGGGAACGCGGCAGAGGGGGGCGGCCCGCAGGCGCUGCAGGUCCUCACCGGGUGCCUCCUGGGCGCCCUGGUGCUGAGCACGCUGGUGGGCAACGCGCUGGUGUGCCUGGCCGUGCUGCGCUUCCGACACCUGCGUGCCAAGGUCACCAACUGGUUCGUGCUGUCGCUGGCCGUUUCGGACCUCUGCGUGGCCCUCCUGGUGAUGCCCUGGAAGGCAGUCACUGAAGUGGCUGACGGCUCCUGGCUCUUUGGCAGCCGCUUUUGUGACACCUGGGUGGCCUUCGACAUCAUGUGCUCCACUGCCUCCAUCCUCCACCUCUGCAUCAUCAGUCUGGACAGGUACUGGGCCAUUGCCAGUCCCUUUCGCUAUGAGCGCAGGAUGACACAGGGCCUUGCCUGUGCCAUGAUAGCCACAGCCUGGGCUCUCUCCAUCCUCAUCUCCUUCAUCCCAGUGCAGCUACACUGGCAUAAAGCCAAAGAGGGAAGAUAUCCAGGCUCCUGGCUGCCUGGGACACCCCGCUGUGAUGUCAGCCUGAAUCGUACUUAUGCCAUCACCUCUUCACUUAUCAGCUUCUAUAUUCCCGUGGCCAUCAUGAUCAUCACCUAUACCAGGAUCUAUCGAAUUGCCCAGGCCCAGAUCCGCCGUAUCUCUACCCUCGAGAGAGCAGGGGGGCAAUGGCCAGCUCAUGGCAAGGAGCCGACCUCCUCCCUGCGGAGUUCCCUGCGCAAGGAGACCAAGGUGCUGCAGACUGUCUCAAUCAUAAUGGGAGUCUUCGUUUGCUGCUGGCUGCCCUUCUUUCUGCUCAAUUGCCUGCUGCCUUUCUGCCAACCUGAGCUCAAGAGAGACCAUGAAGGACAGUUACCAUGUGUUGGCCAAACCACCUUCAAUGUCUUUGUGUGGUUUGGCUGGGCCAACUCCUCAGUGAACCCAGUGAUCUAUGCUUUCAAUGCAGACUUCAGGCGGGCUUUCAGCAAUCUCCUAGGCUGCCGGUGCUUCUGCUGUGGCACACCUGGAUCCACUGUGGAGAGGGUCAACUUCAGCAAUGAGCUGGUUUCCUAUCACCAUGACACCACCUGCCAGAAGGGAGGACCUGCCUCGUCAUCAGUACCCCCUCCUGCCAUCACUGCCUGGGUGCAGCCCACACCCCACGCCAUAAACCUUCAGGGAGAGGACAGCAGUGAGGAGUUUUCUAUGGAGAAGGGGCCUGUGACCUCCCAGUCACAGCCUGCCCCUGGCAGCAGCCCCAAGAGUUGUCAGGUGCCAGCUGUUUUGCAGUUGGAUUGCAAAGCAGAGCUAUCUCUGGAAACUAUUACCCACUGUACAGGGCUUGGUCAGUGUCAGGGACCCCAUCACUCUGUUCCAGAGGGGUAAGAGAUUACGUGUUCCUCACACACAGAGCCAUCCCACAGGGAGAGCUCACUCUGACUCCACGUAAGUUACAACCAUCCCACAGCAAAAAAAAAAUCCCAUCCCAAAGCAAUGGAAACCUGUUGCUCUUACCGCAGAGGGGUGAUGGGAAUAUGAAGUCCAUUCCAAAAGGAUCUAGCAGACACAUAUUAACCUCUUCCCAUGGCCAUCUUCACCCUUUACUCUUUUGCAGUCAGAAGACAUUUCCCAUGCAUUUGUUUACCCUCACUCUUCAAUCAAACUUCUGAUAUUUAUUAAGAAUAGUGAGGUAAUUAGAUCAAAAUGAAAACAACUCAUAGUUUGAGACUAUAAUAGAUAAAUUAAUCUUAGAUUUAGUUAAAAUCCCAUUCUCUGCCUCCCUGUUUCACAUCAUACGAUGUGCAUAGUUCUGAUCUUAAAGGUUUGUGUUUGGUUUCAUUUCUGUGUGUUUAUUUCAAAGCCUUGUGGAUUUACAAAUUGAAUCUGUGUUUAGGCUCUUAAAUAGAAUCUACUCUAUUAAAACAUCACUAUCUUAUGGUGAGUCAAAAGACUGCCCAAAACCCUGGGAAAUUAAGUUGAUUUAAUGUUAAGACACCAAACACAAUUUCAGGUACCCAGCUUUGGUAUUCCAGCUUAAUGAUAUUGACCUAGGAUCUUCCUCAUCCUCAAAUGUUAGAAAAUGUAGUAUAGUGGGAUGGUGCUUGAGAACUAACACUAUAACUCCAGAGAAAUUUAAACUAUCAGCUGAGGCAGCUUCAAUCCUUCCUUUCUCCUGCUAGCUCAGGCAGCUAAUCCUUCCAGAAAGCGAGCUGGUCCACAAAACAAAAACUGUCCAUAUCAUCUCUCUGAACACAUUUCACUACUUGUAGACAUGAACAGCAACAAAAAGCAGAACAAAUGGGCAUUGAAUGGCUUGCAGGAGAGAAAAUACUGGGGAACAUUGAUGGUCAUUUCUGUAUGUGUGAAAGGGCUCAGCAAAUAUUAAGGGAGUACAGCAACACCUCACUGUCCUCCACUUCCGUGUCCACCACUGAAGAGUUCUGCUACUGACCAUCAUUAAUCCAUUUUUUUGGCCUUUGCCUACAAUUGAGUUCAUGGACCUUGAUUCAUCUAAGGAAGAUGAAGAUGCAACUGUCCAGAAAGAGACAUAAAAAAUGCUUACAAUUCAAGAGUUUUCUUGAACUUCCAGUCUCGUAGAUGGUAUAGUUGGUAUAUUUCAGAACAGUGCUGAAAAGCCAGUUGCUGAUCACUCUCCUCUCAGUGAUCCUUCUCCCCGUGAAUUUUAACUGUGUGUAGUCCUUAAAUUCCUGCAUGUAUUUCACCCCCCUCCUCUCCACUUGCAUUAAUUCUUAUGGGAAAAAAUGCUUCUGCUAACCUACUUUUUACUGGAAUGUGUCCUUGAUGGUUAGCUGGCCAUGACUGCAAUCUGUUCUUCAUGGCCAGAAGUGGCAAGAUGAGAGGUAAUGGGCUUAACUGUAAGGAAGACCAAGGCAAGACUUCAGAAAAACUUUCUAAGAAGCAGAUAAUUAGCACUGCAGUAGAUUGCCAAGAGAAGUUAUGACAUCUCUCAAUAAAAGUCUCGAAGAUGACAUUGCUAAAUGUCUGUCAGAAAUGACACUGAUAUUGUUAAUCCUGUCUUGGGGAAGUGGCAUAGCAUCUCUUGAGAUCUGUUCUAGUCCUGCUUCACUAUGACAACACAACUCCUUAAGCAUUAAGCUUAAAAUGUUUGGUUAUUUAUUAUGUUUGCAUGCAAUGAUUUUUAGCUAUUUUCUUGAAAGCAAAAAAGCAUACAGAUAAGAACUUUGAGGCCCCAUUGGUGUAUUUCCUUUCUUCUCUUAAUGAUUACCCAUAUUUCUUAACAUUUAACAACUAUCAUUCAAGCAUGCUUAGAGCCUUUUCUGGAAAGAAACUCCAAAAUAAACUUAAUAUUUCUUUAAAAGAGGUACAAGAUGUACCUCUCUGUACAUAGGGUGGGUUGGUUUUUUUUUUGUUUGGUUCCCUUUGGUUAUUUUUAGGUGAUUGUAUGUGAGCUAUACAUGGAUUCAGAUGCUAAAGGGUCAGUGAAUUUGUGAGACGAUAUUUCUUGCUCUAUUUCUUCUUCCUUACACAAACCAGAAACAUGUAUUAUAAGAGCAUCAGCAUCUUUUAUCUCCUAAAAAAAAAAUCAAUAGAAUGUUACAGCUGUAA